AUCCGUAACAGACAGAUCCGAUUCUGCCUCACCGUUCUGGCGCAAUGCCACACCAGCGAAUGGCCCAAAGAAGACGACUCGCGAGUCUAGCCUCGUCGUGGGCGCAGCAUACUCACAUGCAGAUAUGUUGAAGUUCGACACCUUAAAUGUCUCGACCAGUUCGUCCUCGACACGACCCCAAACACCUUCGUCCUCCCACGCCAGCCGACCUACAGCUUCUCCGCAGAGAUCGAAUCAUGGCCGCGGCCAGACAUCGCCCCCCUUCAAGACCUACAUGAGCUUUCUCUCGAACACGAACGAGGACUGGAACGUGGACGAUGCUGAGAUUUAUGAUUACGAUGACGACGAUGGGGACGACUUCGGCCUGCCCAGCUUGUCGAAUAUGAAGAGGAGGACAAAGCGCAUACAGGAUGCUCACGCGAAAGCGAGUGCCAGCUCCACCCCUCAGCCGCCAGACAUAGAUAGUUUCGAGUUCAACGCGAGACGACGCUCGGGCAGCGCAGACAUUGCCAUCGAACGGCCCGCUCCAUCAUACCCGAUGCCAAAAAAGAGCGAGGGCAAGAUAUUGAGACCGCAAUACAAAGACAUCCUGAAGGACCCGGCAAAUGCCUUACAUCUCAUCAGCCACCCUUCAGCGCCUGCGAACGCCUCGUCCAAGGAGGUCGAUGCAAUCAACUCCAGGAUAACAAGGAUAAAUAAGUUCAAGAGGAUCCUGCAGGCCUCUACGGUCGCGUUGCCAGACCUGAGGUCGGCGGCGUGGUCUGGCGUUCCCGAGGAGGUGAGGGCAAUGACCUGGCAGCUGUUGCUUUCCUACCUGCCGACCAGCAGUGAGAGGAGGGUAGCGACUCUGGAGCGCAAGCGCAAAGAGUAUUUGGACGGCGUGAAACAGGCCUUUGAUAAGGGCACAGGCGGCACAGGAAGUAGUAGUGCGCCUAUAGCGGCCAAAGGCGGCAACCGAGGGCUGGAUGAGGCUGUCUGGCACCAGAUCAGCAUCGACGUACCCCGGACCAAUCCUCACAUCGAAUUAUACGGCUAUGAGGCGACACAACGCUCUCUCGAACGCAUCCUCUACGUUUGGGCGGUGCGCCAUCCUGCAAGCGGAUAUGUGCAAGGCAUCAACGAUCUGGUGACGCCAUUCUGGCAAACCUUUCUUGGCGUGUACAUCACAGAUCCAGACAUCGAGUCGGGCAUGGACCCGGGCCAGCUGCCAAAGACUGUGUUGGAUGCCGUGGAGGCCGACUCAUUCUGGUGCCUGACGAAGCUGCUGGAUGGGAUCCAGGAUCACUAUAUCGUGGCGCAACCUGGAAUACAGCGACAAGUCCGGGCUCUACAGGACCUCACGGCCAGAAUCGAUGCUGGUUUGGCCAGGCAUCUGGAGAAGGAGCACGUGGAAUUUAUACAGUUCAGCUUCAGGUGGAUGAAUUGUCUGCUCAUGAGGGAGAUCAGCGUAAAGAAUACCAUCAGGAUGUGGGACACGUACAUGGCUGAGGAGAACGGCUUCUCCGAGUUCCACCUCUACGUGUGUGCCGCAUUCUUAGUAAAGUGGUCCGACAAGCUCAUCAAGAUGGACUUUCAGGAGAUUAUGAUGUUCCUGCAGUCGCUGCCGACGCGCGAGUGGACCGAGAAGGACAUUGAGCUGUUGCUGAGCGAGGCGUACAUCUGGCAGAGCCUGUUCAAGGGCUCUGCGGCACACUUGAGAGGCGGUCCUUCAUCGAAUAGGAGCCUAUCGCAGGGUUUGCAGCUUUGA